AUGGAAGAACAAGCAGCGAAGAACAGCUCUGUAAUGUUGCUACUCCACAAUGCGCACAUCAUCACGAUGGAUCCCCAAAACCGAGUGUUCCGACAUGGCGGUAUCGUAAUCGUAAACGAUAAAAUCAAAGCCAUCGGCGAUUCCGGUUACAUUCUCCGCCAAUUCUCUCCUACCGCGGACGAAAUCAUCGAUCUCAAGGACCGAAUCCUACUCCCUGGGUUAAUCGACACACACGUUCAUACUUCUCAACAGUUAGCUAGAGAGAUACUCGUGACCUGCUUUGCUGAAGCAGGAGGACAGCAUGUAUCGGAGGUGGCGAAGGCAGUGGAGUUACUGGGCUUGCGCGCUUGUUUAACAAGGUCAAUUAUGGACUCUGGUGAAGGUUUACCGACAUCUUGGACGAAUUGGACUACCCAUGAUUGUAUUCAGUCUCAAAAGUUACUUUACAAGAAGCACCACAAUACAGUAGAUGGACGCAUCAGAAUAUGGCUUGGAAUCAGGCAAAUUAUGAAUUCAACUGAACGUUUACUGCUUGAAUCAAGAGAUACAGCAGAAGAGCUGAAAACUGGGAUCCAUAUGAACGUUGCAGAGACAUAUUAUGAGAUUCAAGUUGUGAGGGAUACUCUAAAAGUUGAUCAUGGAUGUGGAACAGUUGCAUAUUUGGAGAAAAUCAAGCUCCUGCAGAGUAAUUUGCUAGCAGCUCAUACUAUAUAUGUCAGUGAUACAGAGAUUGAUUUCCUUGCAAGGGCUGGGGUUAAAGUAUCUUAUUGUCUUGCUGCUGAAGAGGAUGAUGAGCCUACUCCUCGACAUGCACCUAUAGCAAUGGAAUUUGCAGUGGGGGAGAUGGUCUAUUCUAUUCAAAACGAAAUAAGGGAAGUUUAUGAUGAUAGAACAGCUUGUCCUUUUCUAGACGUUCUCAAAAUGGCAACAGUAAAUGGUGCAAAAUCAGUACUCUGGGACAACGAAAUAGGGUCACUUGAGGUUGGGAAAAAGGCUGACAUGAUUGUUGUCCAUCCUUUCUCCUCGUCGAUGGUUACUUUGCAAGGCAGAAAUCGAGCCCUCUUACAUUCCUUGGGAAAUAAAAAUAUCAUCUCUGUUAUGUGCAAUGGUCGCUGGAUUAUGAAGGAUCACAAAAUCUUGAAUGUGGAUGAGGAAGAAAUAAUUUCGAUGGGAAAGCAUGCUUCAAGCAAACUUUUUAAGAGGGCAGGCAUCGUGAUUCCGGAUGGGACAGUGUAGAUUUGUUAGCCGAAAUAAAAGGCAACGAAAACAUUUGUAUGUAGGUUUGCCUUUCAGCUACCAUUUUGUUCUUGGUACUGUUUAUAAUUUGUUGUGCAUUU